AUGUCGACUAAGCUUUCCCAACGCCUUGCACGAUCGACUGCUACUUUGUCACCAAAAUCUCUAGUUUCAAGAUGCGGCAGACUUGCACCCAUCGCUUCAGCUGUACGAUCAUCCGCCAUCUCGAGCAGACGUCCCUUUUCGACAGCUGAAGCCCGCUACCUCGCCAAAGUACCCGGCAUGGACAAGAUCAGGGACACAAUAGCCGAAAACUUCGGCGGCGCCGCCGCCAAAAUCGGCACCACGUCCUUCUCCCUCGACGACACCCCCGACCUUUCCGGUAAAGUAGCCGUCAUAACGGGCGGCUCCGAAGGCAUCGGUUUCGGCGUCGCUUACACCUUACUCAAGCACAACCUUUCCAAACUCUACAUCCUCUCGCGCAAGAAGCAAAUGUUCGACGGCGCUCUGGCCUCCAUCGCGUCCCAGCUGGGUCAAGAGAAAGCCGAUCGCGUCCAAUGGAUCAACUGCGAUCUAGAGGACUGGGCGCAGACUGCCGCGGUGGCCGAAAAGAUCAAGAAAGAUACCGACCGCUUGGAUAUACUCGUGAAUAACUCCGGCAGAGGUAUCAUGAAGCCCGGUCUGACGGAGUACGGCGUGGACAGACACAUGGCCACGAACCACAUGGGCCAUGUAGUCUUGACGUCGCAUCUGCUGCCGCUGAUGCAAAAGACUGCGGAAGAAACGGGCGAGACGGUGCGGAUCAGUAACCAGAGCUCGAAUCUGCAUAGCGCCGCGCCGAAGGGGACGCGGUUCAAGAGUCUGGAGGAGAUUAAUGAGGAUGUGGGGCCAAAUGGUCAGUAUGGACGGAGCAAGCUGGCGGGGAUUUUAUACCCAAUCAGCGGCUACGCAAUGUCGCACCUCAUGGAACCGUUCAAAAAGGACCAGUUCGAGGGCGCCGUGCCGACCGUGUACGCCGUCACGAUGGCCAACGACGGCGGACAGUGGAUUUGCGCGCCCAACAAGACCGAGCCUCCCAGUGACCUUGCGCAGAGCGACGAGAUCGCGGAUAAUCUGAUGGAGUUGACGAGGAAGAUUGUCACUGAGAAGACGAGGCCCGAGUCGGUUGCGAGGGGGUGUCCGAUGGAUGAUGUUGUUGUGAGGGCUUGA